AUGUACCUUGCUGCCGCUGUUUGUUUGCAUCCCAGCCACUUUGCCCAGGCCACCGGCCUCACAGGCCUGCCGCUGCCCCGCAACACCCAGCUCCCGCCCAGGCUGCCCCCCAGCCACCCCGACGGUGGCUUUGUGGGGCAAGGUCACAUCCCCGGCGGUUCCGGAGCCGGAGUAGGGCAGCAAGCCCCGAGCAGAGGACUGGUGCUGGGGGGUUUUGUCCCUGGGGAUGGAGAGGCAGAGCUGGGGGGUCUCUGGGGGCUGGGGACAGCUGGCCUGCGGCUGUUGCUGGCCACUGCAGGGCUUCUCUUGGCUCUUGCAGGCUGUGACUCAGGCUUUGGGCAGGCAACAGCAAGGCACUUGGAUGCCAUGGGCUUUCGGGUGUUUGCCAGCGUGCUGGACCCGCAGGGUCCCGGUGCCCAGGAGCUGCGCAGGAGCUGCUCGCCAAGGCUGACACUGCUGCAGAUGGACCUGACCAAGCCUGAGGACAUCCAGCGCGUCCUGCAGCACAUCCAGGCCCACACUAACAGCACAGGACUCUGGGGCCUGGUGAACAAUGCCGGCUUCAACGACACCAUCGCCGACGCCGAGCUCUCGCCGCUGGGCAAGUUUCGCGCCUGCAUGGAGGUGAACUUCUUCGGUUCGCUGGAGCUCACCAAGGGGCUGCUGCCCCUGCUCCGCUCUGCCGGUGGCCGCAUCGUCACCGUGAGCAGCCCUGCGGGUGACCUGCCCUUCCCCUGCCUGGCAGCCUACGGGGCCUCAAAGGCAGCCCUCAGCCUGCUCAUGGACACCUUCCGCAGUGAGCUCCAGCCCUGGGGCGUCAAAGUCAGCCUCGUCCUGCCUGGCUACUACAAAACAGGGACGACGUGCGACCCUGCCUUCUGGAACCUGCAGAAGCAGCAGCUGGUGGCCAGCCUGCCCCGGGAGCUGCUGCAGGCCUACGGCGAGGACUACGUGGAGGAGAUCAACCGCCAGUUCAUCCAGUUCAUGAAGGUGGCGGUGGAGGACCUCAGCGCGGUGGUAAACAGCAUCACGGACGGGCUCCUGGCUGCCAACCCAGCUGUGCGCUACUACCCAGGGCAGGGCCUUGGGCUCAUGUAUUUCAUACACCGCUACCUGCCCUAUUUCGUCCGAGACUUGUUCUUGAAAGGAUUCUUCAUCAACCCCAAGCUGCCCCGAGCGCUGCGGCGAGAGCACCACAACGACACAAAGAAGGCCUGA